AUGGAAGAUCAGUACUCCAUCUUCUCAGUGCUUCUUUCAUUUCUCUUCAUUGUCGGAGCAAUGGGGCUUUGGAAAAGAUAUUCGAGCAGUGGUCGGCGCGCGAAGCUCCCGCCGGGCCCGAGAAAGCUUCCUCUGAUCGGAAAUUUGCACCAAUUAUCCGGUUCCACGCCGCACCGUCGUCUGAGGCAGUUGGCCGAGAAGUACGGACCAAUAAUGCACGUCCAGCUCGGCGAGGUUCCGGCCGUCGUCAUCUCGUCGCCGGAGGCGGCGAAAGCGGUUAUGAAAACUCACGACCUGGUCUUCGCAACCCGGCCGGAGAUCCUGAUGUCGAAGAUCGUCGGCUACGACAGCAGCCACAUCGCCUUCUGUCCCUACGGCGAUCUCUGGCGGCAGCUCCGGAGGAUCUGCGUUUUGGAGCUCCUCAGCGCGCGGCGCGUGCAAUCGUUCGAACCGAUUCGCGCGGGAGAAGCCGACGCGCUCAUCUCUCGCAUCUCCUCCGCUUUUUCCGGGGGCAAAAUAACGGCCGUGAAUCUCAGCCAGAUUAUUUACUCGUUCACUAAUAGCGUCACCGCUCUGGCCGCGUUCGGCGAGAAAUCGAAGCAUCAAGAGCGAUUCAUGGCCACGAUGAAGAGAAUAACGGAGCUGGCGGGAGGAUUUGAGCUGCCGGACAUAUUUCCUUCGCUUACGUUACUGCACUCGUUGGGCGGUGCUAAGAAGGAAAUGAUAAAAAUACACCGGGAAGUCGACGGGCUUCUUGACGCCAUUAUUGAUGAGCAUAGAGCUAGAAGAAGGAAUGAUGGAACGGGCGGUAGUAACGCCAUUGAAGAUCUUGUUGAUGUGCUGCUUAGGGUUCAGCAGAGUGGUGACCUUGAAGUUCCCAUCACAUUGAACACCAUCAAAGCUACCAUUCUGGAAAUGUUCACGGCAGGGACAGACACCUCAUCAGGCGUCGUAGAAUGGGCGAUGUCGGAACUGAUGAAGAAUCCUCACGUGAUGGAGAGGGCGCAAGCCGAGGUGAGGCAAUCUCUCCUGGGAAAACCCGAAAUCAAGGAAUCAGAUAUUCAGCAACUCCAUUACCUGAAACUCGUGAUCAAAGAAACAUUGAGACUCCACCCGCCGAUCCCGCUGCUACUCCCCCGACAAUCAAGGGAGGACUGCGAGAUCAACGGCUACGAUAUCCCGGCCAAAACCAGAGUGAUUGUGAACGCGUGGGCGAUCGGCAGGGACUCGGAGCACUGGGAAAACGCGGAAUCAUUCCAACCGGAGAGAUUCCUGCGGGAUUCCUCGGCGGACUUCCGAGGAAAACACUUUGAGUUCAUACCGUUCGGGGCGGGGCGGAGGAUGUGCCCCGGGAUGUUGUUCGGGCUCGUUAACGUUGAGGUUCCGCUCGCGAGACUGCUGUUCCACUUUGACUGGAAACUGCCCGACGGAAUUGAAGCCGGAGAGCUUGACAUGACGGAGGGGUUUGGGGUGACAAUGAGGAGACUCAACAACUUGCAUUUGAUUGCAAUACCCUGCACUUGACACUAGUUUUUAGUAAGAAAAUGAGUUCAACUAUAGUAUUGUGAAAUCAAAUACUACUUCUGUCUCAUUUUACCUGUCUUGUUUACUAUUAAUUGGUCAA